GCGACGCUACGAGAACUUACGAUUGAAACCGAUAGUUCACUACACGAGAUUGAGGGUUCCCGCACGUGAGGCCUGAUAUAAAACAGCAAUCGCGGAAGUGUGUUUUGGGAUCGCAGCUGUUAAGAUGGCCAAAUAUCAGAUCUGGUUAGGCUUGGGAGCUUUUGUUUUGCUGGUCCUAACAGCCUUAGCGGAUGACGUCGUUGUACUAACUGAAGAAAACUUCGAGAAGGAAGUCGGGCAGGACAGAGGAGCUCUUGUUGAAUUCUACGCCCCCUGGUGUGGACAUUGUAAAAAGCUUGCUCCAGAGUAUGAAAAGCUGGGUAGCAGCUUCAAGAAAGCCAAAUCUGUUUUAAUAGGAAAGGUGGAUUGUGAUGAGCAGAAGAGUCUAUGCAGCAAAUAUGGGGUUUCUGGAUACCCAACUAUUCAGUGGUUCCCAAAAGGAUCUCUGGAACCCAAAAAGUAUGAGGGGCCACGGACUGCAGACUCCCUUGCUGAGUUUGUUAAUACAGAAGGAGGAACCAAUGUGAAGAUUGCUACACCUCCAUCUGACGUAGUUGUUCUGACAUCUGACAAUUUUGAUGAGGUUGUCCUGGAUGAAACCAAAGACGUUCUUGUGGAGUUUUAUGCGCCAUGGUGUGGACACUGCAAAAGCCUUGCUCCUACCUACGAAAAGGUUGCCACAGCAUUUAAACUGGAAAAAGAUGUAGUGAUUGCAAAUCUGGACGCUGAUAAAUACAGAGAUCUUGCUGAAAAAUAUGGUGUUAGUGGGUUCCCUACACUAAAAUUCUUCCCUAAGAGCAACAAAGCUGGGGAAGAGUAUGAGAGCGGCAGAGACUUGGAUGACUUUGUGACUUUCAUUAAUGAAAAAAGUGGCACACAUCGAGAUGCAAAAGGACAUCUUACUUCUAAAGCUGGCAUAGUUGAAAGCUUGGAUUCCUUGGUAAAGGAGUUUGUGGCUGCAACCGAUGAAGAAAAGAAAGUUGUAUUUACUAGAAUUGAGCAGGAGGUAGACACACUCAAGGGUUCUGCUGCAAGGUAUGGGAAAAUUUACUGGAAAGCUGCUAAGAGUACCAUGGAGAAAGGUUCUGAUUAUGCUAAGAAUGAAGUCCAGCGCCUACAGCGUUUGCUUGAAAAGUCUAUCAACCCGGCGAAGGCUGACGAGUUCACUCUCAAGAAGAACAUCUUGUCAACAUUCGCGUGAUGUUCUAAUGCAAUUCUCAAAUACCGACUAUCCUUUUUUGUUGGGGAUUGGGUGCCUCGCCUCCCGCCUCCUUUCUGGCCAUUGGUUACUAAUCUUAUUUACCCCUAAAAUUUUAAGUAGAAUAGUUUCUCUCUCUUCCUUUCAUUAGUGAACCAUUUGCCUUAUUGUUAAAAGUGGGUACUUUUUUAGCUGCUUCGUUAUUUUGUUUUUUAUAUUUCAUGUUUUGUUAUGAACAUAGUUCGUUGGUGAUCUACGGGAUAGAACUGAUAUAUUUCAGACUGAAAAGAUGCUGCCUGAAUUAGAAAUUGAGAAUGCUGUUGGAUGAUGGUUUAAAUAUGACA